AUGAAGUUAACAUUACUAGGAUUCUUCUUAUUAGCUAUGAUUUACAUACAAACUGUAGAUACUGGCUCACAAACUUAUGUUUCAUCUACGCCUUUCUCAGUUCCACCAUCGACCACUGAGUUUGAACAUGAUCAUCACAAACACGAUCGCCAUAAAGAAAAUGAUCACAAUGAUGAUAAAGAUAGAGACAGAAAGGAUAAUCAAAGAGAUGAUAAUGAUCGAAGACGCAAAGAGGAACGAAAACGUGAAGAAGAGAACCGAAAACGUGAAGAUGAUCGAAAACGAGAAGGCAACAGAAAGCGUGAUGAGGAUCGCAAGAGAGGAAAUGACAAAGAACGUGGCAAUGGACGUGAACGUGAAAAUAGAGAUGAUGAUGGACGCAAAGAUAAGAAUUAA